AUGCUUGAACAGAAUACUUUAUCAAAUAGAUUGAAAUUCAGAAAUACAGUUGAGAGUCAAUAUAAAGAGUUAUUUCAAUCUAUUAAUAUCCCCAUUGCAGAUGCAUUGGACAAGGAGAAGGAUGAUAACGUAGAUGCAUCGCCACCUGAUUUAACUAAAUCGCAAUUACUUGAAAUAAUCAAUAUAUACCGUAAUGAAUUAAUGAAUAAAGAGAAAGAGUUGAAUCAACUGAAAGAAGUCAUGAGUGUAAUGAAUAAGAAUAAUGAAAGAUUGAAUGAUGAGAUAAUUAGUUUGACCAUUGAAAAUAAUGUCUUACAAGAAAAAAUUAAACUUUUAAAUGUAGAGCAUAACAAAUUAAUUCAAAGAUGGUUGUUAAAGGCGCAAAGGGAUGCUGACAUUAUGAAUGCCACUAUUGAAUCUAGUAGCAAUAAGUCAAGAUAA